AUGCUCACAUUCCUCUCUUCGCUUCUGUGUGCUUCCAUUGCUACAGCCUUACCCACAAUCUCAGCAAAAGGCGCCAAGUUCUUCACUAGCGAUGGCGAUCAAUGGUUUAUCAAGGGUGUCGCCUACCAGCUCUUGCCUGACGACCCGCUCGUGGACACCAACCAAUGUCAACUCGAUGCCGCGCUCAUGAAAACCCUGGGCGCCAAUGCCAUUCGUGUCUACCACGUUGACUCCUCGGCCGACCACGACGGCUGCAUGCAGGCAUUUGAGGAUGCCGGCAUCUACGUAUUCUUGGACCUCGACACUUUCGACACAUAUGUCCUCCCCGGCGAACCGACCUGGGACAGCACCCAAUACGAUGCUUUCUCCAAGGUUGUCGACGCCUUUCACACCUACGACAACGUUGCCGGCUUCUUUGUCGGCAAUGAGUUGAUCAACGGUGGUGCCGACAGCAUUGCUGCUCCUUACGUCAAGGCCGCUGCUAGGGACAUGAAGGCCUAUCGUGACAGUAAGGGGUACCGCAACAUCCCCAUCGGAUACUCCGCUGCCGACAUUGCUGUUCUCCGACCAAACUUGCAGAACUACAUGGCUUGUGGAGAUGACCCUGCCGGUGCACUCGAUUUCUUCAGUCUCAACGCCUACGAAUGGUGUGGGGAGAGCACUUACGAGCAGAGCGGUUACUCUGCCUUGCAGAAGAACGCUAGCGAGUACAAUAUUCCCAUCUUUGUUGGAACCACACACCACACUAGGCACCCAUGUCCUUCUGUCCAAACAAUCUUUUUCUCCGAAACGGGCUGCCAGGUCAUCAAGCCACGAACAUUUGGAGACCAAGCAGCCAUCUUCGGCCCAGAAAUGUCGGGUACAUGGUCUGGAGCCAUCAUCUACGAGUGGAUUGAAGAAGCGAACGACUACGGACUGAUUUCAUACGGACCAGCUGUUGACGCUACCGUCACUGGUGCGAAUGUUGCAGGUGGCUUCACGAUUCGAGGUACACCAACGCCGAUUCAGCCAGACUUCAACAAUUUGAAGUCCCAGUGGGCUGCUGCUUCGCCAUCAGGCGUCCAGUCUGCUGCAUACUCGCCUUCACUCACUGCACCCGCAUGCCCUGAAACAACCCCUGGAGCUUGGCUCGCCGCAGGUUCGCUGCCUACUAUGGGUCAGAAGGCCAACACUGCUGCAGGCGGAUCUUUCAGUGCAGAAUCAUCACCAACACCAACAGGCUCUUCCCAGAGUGGGGGAGCGAUCGCCAGCGCUUCAGAGACGAUGUCGGGUAGGAUGUCAGGCACUUCGUCCAGUCGGACUUCCUCUGGUACAACUUCUUCCGGUGCUGCGGCCACCAAGAUGGCGACUGGUGGGCCAGCCCUGCUUGCGCUCCUCGGUGCUGCGUUGCUCUAAAGGAAUUGUCGCCUAUUCGCAUUGAGACAUGACACGAGAAAUGGAUAUGUAACGAAUGUAUGCUCAUUGAGACGGCUCUACGCAACCACGUGUCUGGACCUGAUUGCAAUUCGUCUUGCGAUUAUGAAGUCGGACAGUGCACCGCGCGCGAGAAGCUUCGCUGCAUCGAUUUCCGCGAAUUGAUGAUGUUGAUGAGUGUCAUUUGUAACUGUGCUUGUAUGGGGCAAUGCGGUGGCCUGAGAGACCGUCAGGAGGACAAGGAUCAGAGGCUAGGGCUGCCCGGAGCUCGGGAAUAUUGGCUAUCGCGGCUGCACGCUGUCUUUGCUUGAAACUGCACAGAUUGUAGGGAAUCCGAGAAAGGAUCAUCAGACGCCUUCUAGUAUUGCCAAUACUAGUACCUCCUAGCUCUCCAACCAAUUUUUUGAUUUGAUCAAUGCUAAGCAGCCGAAGCUGGAACCUCUGCGUCACAGCCAAGGUGUUCUGACGAGAUCCGGCUUACACGUACCUCCUAGUUAUGUACUUGGCAGAAACCUUGGUUCUGGGGCACGAGUGUAUAAGGUAGGUAAAAAAGGUAAAAAGCUAGGGUAGGAGGUAUGGCAGGUUUAGCUAUCGGCCAGCCGCACCCAUUAGCGCGCCCUUUAGUGGUCCCAGCCGGUUGACCAGAUCUAAGCCGAGACUUCUGCCCCAGACGACAGGUCCGGAAGAGGCGGAGUACAGCUUCUGCAACUUAUCCACCACCCCCAACAUGGCGUUAUUCGCUGCCCAGCGCUGAGAGUUGUAUUCGUCCAAAGCCCAGCAGCUGCCGAUAUCCAUGCCGUGAUUCACGCCGUGUGCAAUACAAUUUGCCAGUGCCUCCGCAUCUGCCAAACCGAGGUUCAGACCUUGGCCUGCAAGCGGAUGGACCGUGUGAGCUGCAUCACCGAUGAGUGCGACGCGAUGGCCCGUAUAUGUAUCUGCGUGUCGCAUGCGGAGAGGGAAGGAUGCGAUGGUGCCUUCUUGGACACCAACAACGCGUGGCAGAGUGGAAGGAAGGCCAGUUGCUCGAGGGUCGGUGUGUGGUUCACGCCAGGACAGUUCGUCUGCAAGGUCCGACCGAGGGUUGUGCAUGAGAUAUUCAAUGUCUACCAUCAUAAGGCGGAAGGCGGCGUUGACCAUGGUGGUGAAGUUGUGGGAGGAAAGCUGCUUCAAUUUCGCAGCGAGUGGCGCUGUGAUUGACCAGACCAAACUGGCUUUGUUGCCCGGCAAUGGUAGUAGUGCGAUGGGACCUGUGGGCAGGAAGCGUUGAUAUGCAGUCCUUAGAUCGGCCUGGCUGAAUGGCCGAUCGAGGUCGAGAGUGGCAACUACACCAUGCUGGCCGUAGUCCCAGCCAUGACUUGGAAUGUUUGCAAAUGCUCUCACCGGGCUGUUGGCACCAUCUGCUCCGAUGAGCAGCCUCGCUGCCAACGACCUGUCCCCUGGCAGGUUCACAAUUGGCCAUAGCGACAGAUCGAGCGAAUCGUCAUCCUUCGCUUCUGGUCCGUACGUGAUUGACUCCACGCGCGUCUGGUCCAUCGCGUCUACAGCGUCGGCAUCUUGCAGACGUCUCAGCAGUGCAGAAGUCAAGUUGCUGUUCUCGCACAUGGUAGCCACGGUAUUGACAUCUUCCUGCUCGUACCUUCGCCUACUCUGCUGCAAGCUACUCCCUGGUAUAGCGGCGGCGAUUGUGUCUAGUAUGCCGCCCCCCGCAGUGUCGAGCGGAUCAAAGUGUAUCUUGCUCCCACUCACGCCGUCCCAGACGUCCAUGCCGUGGUAUGGCUGUGUCCUCGCCGCGUUGAUGUAGGACCACGCUCCAUUUUGAUCGAGAAAUCGCACCGACGAUGGCGUGAGGGACGAGCAUCGAUUCGAGAAAGCCUUGGGGUCAUUUGACGACGAAGCCUUCAACUCCUGGCCAUCAAUCAGGGCGAUCUUCAGGUUCUUGGUCGAUGCAUUUGAUCGCAAGGCCGAGAUGAGAGACAGUCCCGCGGGUCCGCCGCCAAUGCAGACGACAUCGUAGAGCUCGGGGGUGCUGGACAGUGUCGCGGCGGUAGAGUAGAGGCUUCGUCGCAGAGACGGGGGGAGCGCGAGGAGCUUCGUGAGGCCAUGUCUCGAUGACAAGCCUGCCAUGAUCUCCC